UUUUAUCAUCUUCCCUCACGUCUCUCUUUUGCUUUUUCUUUCCUUCUUUAAUGUUCAUCUCUUGUUUCUAAUUCAAACUUCCGUUGAACUGAAUCCAUUCUAUUUAUGUAUCUAUAUCUAUAAUGGAGUGAUAAUAAUAUCUGUUUAUCCCUCUCCUCUUUUUUAUAUAUCGGUCAAUCAAUCUAUAGAGAAAAAGAGAGAUACAGUCUCGGAGGCUGUGAAAGACAUGGCUGUGGAGCUUAUGAUGGGGUAUUCUGGCGAUUGUUUUGCUACAAAAAUGCAAGAGAAUGCCGUGAGGGAAGCGGCGGCUUCUGGGAUACAAAGCGUCGAGGAAGUCAUAAAAUUGCUCAAACAAAAUCAACUUGAACAGCAACACUACCAAGAGUUAUCUGCAGCCUCUUCAAGUUCCAAUCUUGGCACGGAUAAUAUCAUGACUGUUACUGAUAUGGCGGUGAACAACUUCAAAAAGGUCAUCUCUUUACUGGGUCGCACCACAAGAACUGGCCACGCUCGAUUUAGAAGAGCUCCUGAUACUCCCCCUACUCAACAGCAAACACGAGAAGAACCAGAAUCGCAACAAGAAAAACGGCAAGUUCAAGAGCCUGGACCAUCUGUUCGAGCAAUUAAUUCGCAGCCAACAGAGCAAGCCUCUGCUUUUAGAGUUUAUCAACCGACCCCAAUCCAUCGUCUCCCUCCUUUACCUAACAAUCAGCAGCAAAAGAGCCCUCUUCUGGUUACAAAAAAAGGGUUGUCAGAUCGGAAUGAAAUUCCUACUACAAUCAAUUUCUCUAAUUCGCCAUCAAUUUCUUCUGUCACUUCUUUCAUGUCUUCUCUUACAGGGGAAACUGAUAGCUUCCAGCGUUCUAUGCCUUCUGGGUUUCAUUUUACCCAACCUUCUUCUGGUAAACCCCCUUUGUCCUCUUCUUCUCUUAAGAGAAAGUGCAACUCCGUGGAUGAUGCUGCUCUCAAGUGUGGCUCUUCUUCUGGUCGCUGCCAUUGCUCCAAGAAAAGCAGAAAAUCAAGGGCUAAAAGAGUGGUCAGAGUUCCUGCAAUUAGCAAUAAGAUGGCUGAUAUUCCACCUGAUGAUUAUUCCUGGAGAAAGUAUGGUCAAAAGCCCAUCAAAGGCUCUCCUCAUCCAAGGGGAUAUUACAAGUGCAGCAGCGUGAGAGGAUGUCCAGCACGCAAACAUGUGGAGAGAGCUCUAGAUAACUCCAUGAUGCUUAUUGUGACCUAUGAAGGGGAACACAAUCACUCUCAUCCAUUCGAUGAUGCACCUGCUGCUCUCGUCCUUGAAUCAUCUUAAGUCAACUAAUCAAUCGGCUGAGAAAGGCUCUUCCCCAGUUCAUCAUCCACACCCGUGCAAGACAGCAGGGCUCAGAUAGUCAAACGGACAAGGCUAGUAGGCUAUUAGCCGCCUAAGCAGAAAAGAAAUGCAUAGGAUUCCUUUGUUUCUUGCAUCUGGUUGAAUUAGAGAUGAAAGGGGUGGAAAGAGUGGAUUUGGUGGGAGUUGAAUCAUGCAAGUAGUGGGGUAUUGAAGAUUUUCUUUUGAUUUUUUUAGGGUCUCAUACUGGUUUCUAGAUUUUUUUUUUUAAUAUAAUUUUUAUAUACGUGGUUACGUGGUGGAUCUUGCAAGGCUUCCCACCUAAUAUUGUUCCAA